AUGAAUAUUAGCGAAUUUACUCAAAAAUACUCUCCUCAAAUUCCUUUCUUUGAAGAAACGUGGACUGAGCUUAAUAACAUUGAAGGAGUUAGCUUGAGAAUAGAAGUUGAAGGUUUAAAAAACUAUGGCCAAGUUUUAUUCACUGCUUGCGAAACUGUUUCUACAUGUUACAAUAACUACUACAUGGAGAAUUUCGAAAAUAUAGUUUCAAAUUAUUUUAUAUACAUGCUCCAUGGUGCAUUUUCUUCUAUCGUAUAUGACCAUGUUUUAAAUGACUUGUUUUCUUCUGUACCAGUACAUAUAACGGCUGGCAAUAUCUCAAAUUCUUUAAACGAACAGACACAAAAGAGAGUUCGUAUUUUUUUGAACCCCCUAAUGCUGAAGAUCAGGAAUAGGCUGCCUUCACUUCCUGUGAGAAAAGAAAUGCUGAAUAGUGCUCCAUUCAACAUUAUGCCAACUUUAAGGUAUAUUCGUGAAAAAUAUUAA